AUGGGUGAAAGUUACCACCAUUCACCGAGUCCUUUCAAAACAAAGAAGAAGAAAUCAAGAACUGUGUUCUCCAGAAAUCAGGUGUACCAGCUCGAGGCAGCGUUUGACUUGAAACGCUACUUGUCCAGCGCGGAGAGGUCGGGACUAGCUGCUUCUCUUAACUUGUCCGAAACCCAGAUUAAGAUCUGGUUUCAGAACAAAAGAAAUAAGUGGAAACGACAGAUUAACGGGGAAAUGGACGAAAUUCCACUUCCUCCUGCUUUUGCGGCAUUAUACCCGCAAUCAUUUUUUCCUCAAUCCCCAUUGGCAAGUUACGGGCACAUGACAGAAGCACGUGGUGAUCGUUUGCGAAAUACUGUUCCGGCAUUCUACUCACAUCCCUACGCCAGGGGAAAUGUAGUUCCCAAAUAG